GGACGCCAUGGCAAGAGACCUCCUCUUUAAUUGGACCUUCGUUUUAAAUGGGGAAGAGGUCAAUCAAGAACUCGAUCAUUUUAUACCCAUAGAGAGAAGAAUUUAUUUCUGUCUUCAAAUUUGGACAGAAGAUGAAAACUGGUUUCUUCAGUGUAUUCCUGUGACUGUGAUGAGCAAUCCUGUUGUAAAUAAUCUUAAUAUUUUGGACGUGGAUCUUAAUGCAAUUAAUAGAAGCUUGGCUGAUUUAAUUUCUCGGGUAUCGUUCAGUAAGAGUUUAGGGAAGUUACGCCACACAAUCCAAGAUCUCGAAAUUGAUUAUUGUACACCUGAUGCCAAGAUGUCGGUUCUCGUUCUGGGGCAUGACGGAGAAGACCUGGACGCAUUCCUUAUGACGUCACCAUACACGCCCGAGUCUGUAGUUGAGUGUAGCAAACGGUUAGACUGUCUGUCAGCAGCGGAUGUCAACAAAGGAAUAGCAAAGUUCACAAACAUACCACUAACUCAUGGAACAAUUUUGUUUUCUUGUAUUCGGGGCAAGAAUGACUCGUGUGGCUGUAGCGAUGGUUUUUUCGUGGAUUCCACUCCACCUCGACGUGGCCAAGUAACCAUAGAAGAUCAUCAUGGAUUUAUCACCUCCCUUUCAGAUUUAGCACUGAAUAUUGAACCAUUUAUUGAAGAUGCCAAACCUACAGGAGAGAAAACUCUUCCUCCUAUAAGCUAUUACGAAUAUGGAAUUGGUACAGUGGCAAGAGCUGAUGAUGUACUGGUCUGGCAAAAGACGGCAACCCAUGGGCCAAUAAGAAUCCGUGAACUUAGUCUUCAUCAAGGAGAGUCCUAUUACCUCAGUGUUUCUGCUACAAACAGGGCAGGACUAAAAAGCGCGUACGUCGUUACCCAGUUCACAGUGGACAUUUCUCCUCCCGAUGCUGGUAAACUUUAUGUAGGUGAUGUCAUGCAGGACUACUACAUAUCGAAUCAGCCUAUAAUGGUCCACUGGCGAGAAUUUGCAGAUGAUGAAAGUAACAUUAUGGAAUUUGAGUGUGGUCUCGUAUCCCACAAUGGGGAAAUCAUCGUACCACUAACUCAUGCAGAUGGCGAUUCAAUGAUUUUUGAUAACGUUAAAAACCUGGUAGAUGGUCACUCAUACAGAGCAGUCUUAAAGAUAACUAAUCAUGCUCUUCUGUCUUCGAUUGUGUAUUCUCAUAAUUUUACCUUGGAUACCUCUCCAAUUCAUCCAGGAACAGUUUUUGACGGCUUUGAAAUAAAUACGGACGAAGAUUACCAGACAAGUAUGGAUGUCGUUUGUGCCAGUUGGAACGGAUUCAGUGAUCCUCACUCAGACACCGUAGCUUACCAGACGGGUCUUGGUACAAACCCAACUUUUCCUAAUGUAGAUCCACUUAGAGAUGUCAGUCUUCGUCAAGAUUACUGUUGGAAAAUUAGUUUGACACCUGGACAGAAGUACUUCACGUUCAUUAAGGCCUGUAAUAGAGCUAUGCUUUGUUCCACAUCGGUUUCAGAUGGUAUAGUUGCGGACAAUUCUCCACCUGUUGCUGGGAUAGUCUACAUAAAAGGUGUUUCAGGACGCAUGGCAUAUUUGCAUGAUAGAACAUCAAUAAUGGCAUCUUGGGUAGGAUUCCAAGACCCACACUCAUCUGUUGAACACUGCGAAUGGUGCAUAGGAACGACGAAAGAAAUUUGCGACAUAUUACCUUUCAGGAAUUCUUUCCUUUCCAAUGAUGUAUAUCUUCCAUCUCUGUGGCUUCCUUUAAGAACUGAUUUAUUUGUAUCCGUUAUGGCGUACAAUAAUGUGAAUCUCACUACCAACAUUAGUUCUCAUGCAUUUAGAGUAGACGACACACCGCCCAAAGUCAUAUCACAGCCAAAAAUCCACACCUUGAAAAGUCCAUUAUCUGAAGCAACACAAAUUCAAUAUGAUAAUUCUAUUAUCAAACUAUCCUGGCUCUUUAGUGAUAAGGAAAGUAGCAUUUCUCAUUAUUCUAUUUCUCUAAAGAGUCAUCAUAACAAAAGAGUACCGUAUGAAGGAGUCAUUCACGACAAUGUGAACACAAUUAUUAUCCCAUUUAAUGCCACUAAUCGCCUGUUAAAUGGAGAUAAAUAUUCUGCGGUUGUGGCGGCUUGUAACCAGGCAGGCCUGUGUACAGUCAGUGAAAGCGAACCAAUUCUCAUCGAUUCAAGCCCGCCCCACUUGGGCGGUUUUACAUCUGAACACUUCUGGCAGGUUUCUACUAACCAGACCAAUCAGACUAGUGCCACUAUUUCUUGGUUUGGUUUUCUGGAUGUUGAGUCUGACAUAGCUUUCUUCAAACUUUCUGUUGGAAAAACAUAUAAUGGAGGUGAAUUUACUAAUGGAUUCCUACAAAUAUCAGGAAAUCAGACAUCAGCCACAAUUCCUCUUUAUGGUUUCAAACCUAAUGCUCAUAAUGAAAUAAUUUUGUCCAUUUAUGCAAUAAAUUAUGCAGGAUUGAAGAGUAAAACUGCAAAGGCCACAGUGGUUACUUCGAUGUCUGACAAAUCUGGAUUGAGAGGGCGAUUUCUAACUCAGAGGUAUUCCUGUAAAACGUCCUUUUGUAACAAUGAUUGUACUUGCGGGGUAGUUGGUUUGAAGUGUGUGUUUAAUGGCAAAAAUACUUGCAGGAAAGUAAAUCACACAAACACCGAGGUUUUUAUAGGUUCCUCAAAUUUUUCGGACAAUUUCAUUCAGUCAUCUACUUCCUGCAUUGCUGGUUCCUGGAGAUCAAACUCAAGCAAUAUCACAAGAUACGAGUGGACAGUGGGAUUGGCUAACGAAUCUCCAGGGCAAGGAAUAUUUGACCUUCAAAAGGAAAAUCCAUGGACAGAUAAUGAUUUGGAAACCACCAUUCUAUUUUGCUUACCCGCACACAAGACUUUAAUAAACAAACAGAAGUAUAUUCUUUAUGUUAGGGCUUGGGUCUCACAGGAUGAGUAUGCUAUCUUCGAAAGCAAAAGCAUAACAAUUAAAGAUACCCCACCUAGAGUCAGAAAAGGAAAAUUUAUUUCUGAAUCCAGAAAUAAGGCAUGCGGAGUAGACAUCGAGUUUGCCGAAAGCCAGUGGAAAAUAUGUGCGUGCUGGAAAAAUGUGUUUAGUGAUGCUGAUCGAUUAGUGUACAGUUUCAGCGUCGGAACCUCUCCAAAACUGGACGAUGUACUCGAGCCAACCAACCUUGAUAAUCAGACGGAAUAUUGCCCAUCUCUGUCGCUAGUUCCUGGUGUGCGAUACUUCUUUACAGUUAAAGCCGUCAAUAAUAUUGGACUUUAUACCACUUUAUCGUCAGAUGGAUUUCUUGUUGAUGACAGUUUACCAACCUCUGGCGUGGUAUUCAACUCACUCUCGCAGGAAAACAAACCAUUCUUCUCAAGUAAAUCACCUACUGGGGCAUCUUGGAUCGGCUUUACCGACACGGAAUCCUUCGUAAGAAACUUUUCAUUCGGGACUCAAAUCUUUGAAAAUGGUUCGUUCCAUCUCUUAGAGUUAACGUCCGCAAAUUUCUCUACAACAGCUAUAUCACCCAUUUUAAAAGAUAGCUCGACAUACAGGUAUUCUGUACAAGCCAGUGAUGCAGCAGGACAUGAGGGUGUUUUAGCGUUUUCCCCUUCUUUUACUGUAGACAACACUGAACCGAGUAGCUUUCAAUGUAAAGAUGAAAGCUUGAUUCGACAAAAACUCUUGCAUUCGGAGAAAACAUCUUUUAAUAUUUCAGUUCAACAAGGACUCUUUUAUAAGUUUUACAUUCAUGAUACAGAGGCUUCCUGGGACACUGAAAUUGUCCUGAGAUUUGAAGAUGAAAUUAUGCGACUUCCUGUGAAAAUGAAUGCUAAUGGAUCUGCCGAUAUCCAUCACGGCAUACUGGCAACAACGUCUGGAAUAAAAACCAUUUCGGUCAUACAACAACAGAUGCCUAUUCAUAAACUAAACAUUAGCAUCUAUCAAUGUCAUCCUGAUGAAUUUACUUCAAAACGUGUGAUAGAAUUCACACAGCUUUCACCAGACAUGUUGCAAGCAUGUGUCAAAGCUAUGGAUCCUGAAAGUGGAAUACAAAGAUUUGAGCUUGGCAUUGGAACAACUGAAAAUGGAACCCAGAUAAAACCUCUAGCUGAUAUUGGGAGAAAACAUCAUUUUUCGAUGCACUUCUCUCUUCCCCAUGGUUCUCCAAUAUUUUCGCAUGCUGUUGCUGAAAACGCCGCCAAAUUACAAAACUUUUUUACAUCGAACAAAAGUAUUGCCGACCACACACCACCCUAUAUAGAGAUUCUUUCGGAAAAACUGGAAUAUCAAGAGGUUGACAACAGCACUCUGAUUAAAAUGAUCCUACAAUUCCGAUCGGAAGACAUCGAAAGUGGAGUCAAAUUCUGUAAAGCUUGCAUCAAGAGCAUACAAGGAGCUGUUAUUUAUCCCUGCGAGACUACGGCAAGCCCCUUUGUGUCAAACUACAUUAAUGCCACACACGGAACGAAACUCGUACCGGAGGUGGUCUGUGUCAACGAAUUAGAACUACAAACAACACUUCGAGGAGGAAUCAAUAUCGUUUCCAUUGAGAAACCGUCACUUGAGAACGCAAGGGUCGAAUUCGUGGUCCCUGAUCCAUAUUUUCGUAUCGAGGGUGUUCCAGUCCAAAGUGAUACAGCCAUAAUAGAAUUCCGGUGGUUUGGCUUCGAAGAUGACUCUGAAAUAAUCUCCUAUGAUGUCAAGCUUCAGAAGGGUUCAAGUAUCAUUCAAAACUGGGUCAAUGUUGGCAGACAUGACUAUGCUUCUUUCAGUAACCUUAUACUCCGAGAUGCAGAAAUUUACACAGUCUUUAUCCGGGCAAGGAACAGUGGUGGAUGGAUAAGCCCUGCUCUAAAUGCUUCUGUUAGAAUUGAUGUGCAGCGACCUGUCCUAACAGGUUUUCCCGCCAUAUUACAUUCACUGAAUAAAGACGGAUUGUACAGACUUGACUGGAGCCGUGUGUUCGUUUAUAACGAACGUCAUCCUACUAGAUAUGACGUCAGCGUUGGGACUUCUGCUGGAGCUAGUGAUAUUCUGCGCCAAGAUGGCUUAGUGGACACCACCUACGAUCUGGACGACAUGGAGCACAUAAGUGUGGUAUACGUCGUUGUGAGAGCCUCGUUUCCAACUCUAACAUCUAAAGUAUACGCUGGAAGAAUUGUGUUACAAUAAUUUGUGUGAUUAUAUUUCAGACGUGAAAUAUACAACUGAUAUAUAAUCAGAUUUGAGGACUUCUGUAUUUCUCUGGCUUUUACUGAAAUGCUAGUACAAAUUGAUUUUUUGUUUGUU